AUGAGGGUUCUGGCAGUAUUAUGGAUAAUAUUCCUAGCAAGAUUAUGUUACUGUGGAGACGAUUUAGAGGUUAAAAACCUCAUUGAAGAUACUGAACAAGAAUCUUAUGAGUUAGAAGAACAUGCUCCUCUAUCUGAUCUAAAGGUCAAGGUAGACGAAUCUCUAUUCAAUGUAGAGAAUGGACAAGAGAAUGGUAUCAAGAUUCUCAGGUUGACUGUAAAGAAUGGCACCCCUACUAACGAACUUACCUUUGAUGGUCAGACAGUUUGGGAGGGUAAGAAAAAGUUGUGCUCUUCGACUGUCUUGUAUAUGGAUGGAGAGAAGCCCACUCUUGCAGUACUUGUUACCAGGGAUAAGAAUAAUAAGCAGGGGAAAGUCUAUAGAUACCAUGAUGGAAAGCAGUGGAAGGAUGAGAGAGAAUUUCAACAUAAAAGUAAGCUUGCGACACUUAUGGGAGAAACUUUAGACCUUUCUAACCCGGAUACCUCCAAGUUAGAUGUGCACACAGAAAAUGCAUAUGGAGUGUCAUUAAAGGAGUAUACUCCAAAAAGUGCCUUCCACAUAUCCUCUCUGACUGAUGGUGAUAAGGAACUAUGGAAGGCUGGAACUGGAGAAAUUUCUGGGUUUGUAACUUCUUGUACAAGGGGAGACUCUUCUCUCAUUACCAUAGGGAUAAACAAAGAUGAUGGCUCUGUACUAGAUUUAAAGUACUUUGAAAAGGUGGAAGGAGAUUAA